UCGAAAAUGAGACUCAAUCUAACAAAAUUAUUAGAAAGAACAAGAAGCGCAUUCAAUGGUUUCCAAUCCCUGUCUCUUGGAACCAUCACCAGCUCCAAUGUCUUCUUUGCCUUCUCUUUUGAUGCUGAUCUUUGCCUUCUUUGCUCUCUGAUCUUGGUUUUGGAACCCUUCGGUUGCUCUAGGGGAUCUUGGCGAUGGUUUUUUUGCCGGGUUUGAGCUGAAUCUAGGGUUUGGGGGUUUUGUUUCUUGGUUUCUUGGGUUGUGGAGAAUGCCGGCGCCGGCGUUCUCGUCUUCGAAGUCGGAGAGGAAGGGGAAUGCUGAGAAGACGCAGCGGAGGGAUCCGUACGAGGUUUUGGAUGUCGGUCGGAACGCUUCGGAGCAGGAGAUCAAGAGCGCUUACCGGAAAUUGGCCCUCAAGUACCAUCCUGACAAAAAUGCAAAUGAUCCCAAAGCUGCAGACAUCUUUCAAGAGGUCACAUACUCAUAUAGUAUUUUGUCAGAUCCAGAAAAAAGACGUCAGUAUGACACAUCUGGUUUUGAGGCUCUUGAAUCUGAGAGCCAAGAACUGGAGCUUGAUCUUUCAAGUCUGGGUACCGUGAACACAAUGUUUGCUGCACUUUUUAGUAAGCUUGGUGUGCCGAUCAAGACUACUGUAUCAGCAACUGUUUUAGAGGAGGCCUUGAAUGGAUCUGUAUCCAUUAGUCCACUUCAGAUGGGGCAAUCUCUUUUCAGAAAGGUAGAGAAGCAAUGUGCACACUUUUAUUCUGUACAAAUAACAGAGCAUGAAGCAAAAAUGGGACUUGUUUGUCGAGUGCAUUCAACUCAUAAAAGCAAAUUUAAGUUACUAUACUUCGAGCAGGAAGCAAAUGGUGGAUUAAGCCUUGCAUUGCAGGAAGACUCCAUGAGGAAAGGUAAGAUCACUUCGGCAGGAAUGUUCUUCCUCUGCUUUCCUGCAUACCGAUUUGAUCACACAAGCACUGUGGCAGCUUCUAAGGAUCCUGAUACUGCCUUCUUCAAGAAAUUGGAUGGAUUUCAGCCCUGUGAAAUAAAUGAGCUAAAAGCAGGCACCCAUAUAUUUGCUGUAUAUGGAGAUAACUUUUUCAGAAGCGCAAACUACACUAUAGAAAUUUUGUCUGCUGAACCUUUCUCAGCGGAGAAAGAAAUGCUCCGAGAGGUUGAGGGACAAAUAUUAACCAAAAGGGCAGAGCUGUCCAAAUUUGAGACAGAGUAUAGAGAGGUCUUGGCACAAUUUACAAACAUGACUAGCAAAUAUGCGGAGGAAAUGCAAGCAAUUGAUGAGCUGCUGAAGGAAAGGAAUACAAUCCAUGCCUCAUACACCACAACCCCUCCUCUAAAAAGGAAUUCAAGCAAUAGCAAAAUGAGAGCUUCCUCCAAAGUAUCAAAAGGUGAAGAACAAGAACAACAAACAAGAGAAAAAAAACAUAGUAGUAGAUCCAAAAGGAAGAAAUGGUUCAAUAUUCGUUUGAAAGGGGAGAAGCAGCGACCAUGCUAAACAUGGUGAAAUAGAAUAUUUCUUUUGGAAAGUGAGACUCAGUCAAGUUAAAAAGUUGACAAAGAAGGAUAUGAUAUGUAGGGCAGGUGAGAGAGCGGGUGCACAUUGGUGAGUGGGUUUUUCAGAGUCUACAAUCUCCAUUGCUAAAAUAUGAUGUAAUAUGUGUAACAGAAUCUUCAAUUUAAUUAGUAAUAUUUAAGAGUAAACUAUUGCCCUUUUAA